UUUAGCUUGUUAUAGGUACAAAGGUUUUAAAGGAUGGCAUUCUUUAAAAAAUUUCUCCAGAAAAUUAGUAAUGAUGACAGUAGCAAGGGUUCUAAAGGAGCUCCUUCGGAGACAGCAUACUUUGGAACAGUCAAGGGUGAUCCAAACUUUAAUGCCGAAAAUGAUGCAGCAAAAUUGAAGAAAGCCAUUGAGACCAAAGGUGUGGAUGAAGCCACCAUUGUGGAGGUUCUAGCAAAGAGGAGCAAUGCACAAAGACAACAGAUCAAAGCAGCUUAUCAGCAGAACACAGGGAAACCUCUGGUAGAUGCACUGAAAAAAGCUCUGAAGUCAGAUUUUGAAGAGGUGGUCCUUGCUUUGCUGAUGACACCGCCUGAGUAUGAUGCUUUUGAAAUGAAAAGAGCCAUGAAGGGUCUUGGGACAAAUGAGGCUGUCUUAAGUGAAAUUCUAGGAACCAGAUCAAACAAGGAGAUCACAGCAUUGAAAAAUACUUUCAAAGAAGUCUAUGGAGAGACGCUGGAGGAAGAUGUUAAAAGUGAAAUUAGAGGACAUCUCGAAGCUACCCUGCUUGCUCUUUGCAAGGCUACCAGGAGUGAAGACUAUAAAAUUGAUGAUGGACUUGCAAAGAGUGAUGCAAAGGCUCUGUUUGAGGCAGGAGAGAAUCGGGUUGGUACUGUUUGCUCUGUCCUGAUUGAUGUCCUUACAUCCAGGAGUGAAUCUCAGCUGUGCAAAAUUUUCCAGUAUUAUGGCCAAUACAGCAAGAAGGGUUUAGCCAAAGUUCUGGAGAGUGAGCUGCAUGGAAACCUUGAAGAAUGUCUGAUGACGCUGGUGAAGUCUGCUUGGAACAAACCUGCCUUGUUUGCAGAAAAGCUCCAACUGGCUAUGAAGGGUUUAGGAACCAACACUGACACACUGACUAGAAUCAUUGUGAGCCGUUCAGAAAUUGACCUGCUAAAAAUCAUUCAAGAAUACAAGAGGAUGUAUGGCAAAACCCUUCAGGAGGACAUUCUGAAGGAAACAAGUGGAGAUUAUGAGAAGAUUCUGCUGACUCUCUGUGGAACUCAAUAAUCAUCUCAUACAUGUCUGGAUUAUGUGAACAUUCAUUACAUGGUCCAUUUUAGCACCAGUUAAUCUCCCAAUAGUUGGCUCAUGAAAAGUGUUUUAAAUUUAAAUAUGGAAUAAAUGUCAAUUGUGCACACUGUAAAUGUUUGUGUGAAUUUACAAUAUAAUAUUCCUAGAUACAAUUUGGCAUAUUUUCUCACU